ACGCAUGUACAGGGAGAACAUGCAAACUCCACACAGAGAGGCUCCUGUCCGACGGGGACUCGAACCAGGAUACCUCCUCACUGUGAGGCGACUGCUCUAGCCUCUUCUACAGAACUUCUAGAGUUUGGAAAAUAAAAAAUGUUUUAGAGUGAUUAAGGCGGUGCUGUCAGGUGACUUUGGCUCAUCUGAAGUGGGUAUAUCCCUUAACGUUCAACACAUUAACAAUAUAACAUGAGGUUACCUUUUCCCUUAAAAUAUAGAAUUCAUUUUUUAAACUUUUAAAUUGGGUGAGAAUCUUACUGUAAUUGGACUGCUAAUCAAAAAGACAUACAUGGCUUAAUCUUAAGUGAAUGAAACUGGAGUGGGUGUAUUUGGAGUGGGAGUGGGUGGAGCAUGUAAACAGCUCUAUAAAGAGAGGCACUCUGAAGGCUCUAUUUCCCAUUUCUCAACAAACCCUCUGAAAAAAUGUUUGGAAUGCGACGAGUCAUCAAUAACUGGUAUUGGACCAUGGCACACAUCCUCCAUCUAUCCCUGCUGCUCAAUUGUGCAGGUCUCAAGUUCUUCAGUGAACCCAAAAGCUGGAUUGACGCCCUGGAGCAGUGCCAAAACAACAAUUCCUCUCUGGUUGAAAUCCAUAAUGAGUCUGUGCGUAUGGCAGUGGACAAUCUCCUGGAAAAUAAAAUCCCCAACAUGACGGAUGGAGUUUGGAUUGGUCUGGAGCGGCCCAUCUUCGGCUGCAUCAUCCCCUGGCUUUGGACUACAGGGCAAACACGUGUGUGCAUCCCUCAGUGGAACGUCUCCCAUCCUGUGGACCGCUUUAACAACCACUGUGGAAAGAUCAUCUGGGUAGAAGAGUUAAUGGAAUUUAAGUGGCUGGAUGCUAACUGCCAUUUGAAACUGCCCUUCAUCUGCCAAAAUCAAACGAAGACCACUCAUAAGAUUUGCACUUCAGAUCCGACUGUACGGUGAUCUGGAAACUACAGGGGCAAUCCAACUAACCUUUUUAAAAUGUGUUCAUUGAAUACAAAGCUUAAUCAUUUCACAUUGUCCUUUACUUGAACUUCUUUUAUCUUGACUUGUUUCAUUGCUUUUGCUGUAAAAAACAAAAAAACAAACACAUUUAUAUUUGGGUGUUGUAAACAAUAUGAUAUGGGAACAUGUUCAUUUUUGCUUCAAUAAUACUAAGCUUCAAAAGAUCCACACACAGACACGUGUAAAAACGAUUUAAACUAGAAACCUUUUCAAAAAAUAAAGUUUGUCGUUCAUUCCUUAAA